AAGAUCAAGGGCGCCUGUGAGGUCGCGCGAAAGGCUGGCUAUCGUCUUCUCUGGAACGACACCUGCUGCAUCGACAAGUCCAGUAGUGCGGAGCUCUCCGAGGCGAUCAACUCCAUGUAUGAAUGGUACCGACUUGCAGACAUAUGCUACGUCUAUCUCAGCGACGUACCCGACACCGACGUACCCUCUUGCUCUUCUUCGAGCUUCGGGAUGAGCCGAUGGCAUACGCGAGGCUGGACGCUACAGGAAUUGAUCGCACCGAGGCGGGCUGUGUUCCUGACGCAGACGUGGCGCUUUAUCGGCACCAAGCUUGGACUGGCGUCGAUCCUUGAGGACGUCACCGGCAUAGACUUCGAUGUUCUGACCGGUCGAGCGACGCUAGACUCCAUCGCUAUUGCGCGGAGGAUGUCGUGGGCCGCCAAGCGCAGGACUACACGCGUCGAGGACCAGGCUUACUCGCUGAUGGGUAUAUUCGGAGUCCACAUGCCUACAAUAUACGGGGAGGGCCAUAACGCGUUCCUUCGGCUUCAGGAGGAGGUCAUGCGCACUAUCCCGGACCAGAGCAUCUUCGCUUGGGGA